AUGAAGAGUGCUAGUGUCAUGACCAAAGCACAAGUCGAAGUGAGAGAAGUCUUUAAGGGAAAGAAAACAUUUGAUGAUGAUGACCUUGAGAAGUUGGAUUACCUAAAAUUGGUGAUCAAAGAAACACUAAGGUUACACCCUCUGACUCCUCUAUUAGUCCCUAGGGAAUGUAGGGAGGAAACAAAGAUAGAUGGAUACACCAUACCGGUCAAAAGUAAAGUCCUGGUAAAUGUAUGGGCAAUAGGAAGAGAUUCAGAAAGUUGGAAAGAUCCAGAAAGUUUUAUACCAGAGAGAUUCGAGAAUAGUUUAGUUGACUUUGGUGGAACUCACUUCCAAUUUCUUCCGUUUGGUGCUGGUAGAAGAACUUGUCCUGGGAGACUAUUUGGUUUAGCUCUUGUUACUUUGCCUUUAGCCCAUUUGCUUUACAACUUUGAUUGGACACUUCCCAAUGGUAUGGAACCAAAAGAUUUGGACAUGAAUGAGGCAAAUGGAAUGACUGCUAGAAGGGACAAAGAUCUCUACUUGAUUGCUACUCCUUAUACAUAAUCUCUUUUUGUUAAAAAAAUAAUAAUAAUUAUUGAAGUUUGAAAUAUAAGUUAAUUAAGGGUAUGUGAGAAUAACUAGCCUUUGUAAUGUUUCUUUUUCCAUCAUCUAUUGUGUUAUUGUACCAAGUAAUAUGACUUGUAUUUGUCUUGAAGUUUGGUUCUAAAGAAGAAAUAAUAGAAAAUGUUAUAUCA